UUGCGACCGAAUGAAUGAGAUCUCAAUUGCUUACAAACAGAGGGUUAAAGAUAAUCCCGUUUUAUCACACGAUUUGAGUACAACUUCUUCACCAAUUGAAAGAUCGGACGUCUAUUCAACGCCUAAAUCAAAGAAACCAACGACUGGUCAGAAGAAGGAUAAUAGAGAUAAUAAUAAGCAAAAGAGUGAAUAUAAUUCAGAUUCAUUGGACAAAUUGAAUACGAGAUUAACCACUGAUUGUCAAGAAGUGGGCGAAGUGUUGCCAAAUGUGGGGAAUAUGAUGUCAAAAAUUCUCCUUAACAUUAGUGACGCCUUUCAGAUUCUUUCGACCAAAUGUAAGGAUCAAAAGUUCUUUGAUUAAACGCCAAUUUUCUAAUAUUUAGAUUUUUGUUAUAUAACUUUUAAUAUAAUUAUAAAAC